GAGUUUCGAACUCAGAUCACAGUAGCACGCCAGACUUACAAAAUGUAUUACAAAGUGUUAGCUCUUUUUGCCUUCGCCGCUUUAGUUAAAUGUCACGAUAUAGCUAUUGGGUCAAAUACUAAUGGAAGAAAAAUCUACGAAGAAACAAAACAAGCCAGUCCCGCUAUUUGGAGACAAGUCGACAAUGUUACCAUAACGGCAAGUGACGGCGAAGUUAUAAGCAGAGUCAUUGUACAUGAUUUGAGAUCAGAAAAAGAUGGAGAAGUUAAAAUUAUCGAUGGAGGGGAAGGACACAAAAACGUUACAUUGGAACUCAAAAGUCCGACCGCUUUACGGGGAUAUGAGUUUCAUAUAGAAGUGUACGCAAUUCCGGAUCUAAAAUCUGGCGACCAACCUAAAUCAAUAAACGGUGAUGGGAGUGAUGAUAUUUCUAAAGAUUCAACUAGUAAAGUUCCAUCAAAGGACAAUGUACCUGCUACUAUAGGCAAGGAUGAAACUCCACGCCCAGUGCGCACCAUCAUGACUGAGGAUAAAGACAGUGAUGUGAACAUAAACAUACCUGCCUCUGUCAAUAAAUAUACGACGGUUGAAACAGAAAAUAAAGAAAGUACUGACUACACAACUGAAGUCCCAAAAAGCAUUGAAGAAUCUAACGAAGAAAACAUGAAAAAAUCAAAAAAUGACGCAGAAAACCACGAAAUUGUCGAUUAUGUUCUAGAAGAUAUGAAUGAUCAAUCCGAAAAAGCAGCUUUGACGUCGGAUAGUUUAAGAAAAGGGGAUGAUAAUAUUCCCAUUGAUGCAGCCCGUGCGAACAAUUCCCAGGAAGAUGCUGAUAAAAUGGAAACUACAACUCAAAGUGACGAUAUGACAAGCACGACAAGUAGUGACAAUGAAGAAGAUUACGGAAAAAUCGAUUUGAAUUCUUCUAUAAUUCCUCCCAUUGUUUUAAAAAUGGAACCACCUAUGGACAUAGAAAUGCCAUCAAGCCAUUUUAAUAGACAAGAACCACGCUACAACGUUCCAUUAAUGAAAAACCUGGGUAAUCAAAGGAAUUAGAAAUAUUAUCUAUGGACAGAUAACCAAUAAGAAAAACGUAAGAGCGAUUUAAUUUUAAUCUUGCUGUGAUUUAGAUAUGCGUUGUAAUGUUAUAUUAUCACCGUAAUAGUAUUUAAAGUUUAUAUAUAGGGACAAUAAUCUUAAUAUAUAUAAAUCUCGUGUCACAAUGUUUGUCCUCAAUGGACUCCUAAACCACUUAA